AUGACUCUGCUUCAGGUGGUCGAGACAAGCCUUAUCCUUCUGUCGCUAUGGACUGCCGUUGGAGCGAUCCGCCGUCUCUUCUUCCAUCCUUUAUCCCACAUACCAGGUCCCCGACUGGCCGCACUCACCUGGUGGUAUGAGUUCUAUUACGACGCCGUCCAGCCCGGGCAGUACGUUUUCAAGAUCCAGGAACUUCACAAGCAAUACGGGCCCAUCAUCCGCGUAACCCCGGAUGAGAUCCACAUCAACGAUGUCGGUUACCUCGACACGACCUACGCCCCGUCCAUGACCCGCCUCGACAAGUAUGAUUACCAACUGCGCACCUUACGUGUUCCCGGUGGUGUCGGGACUACCGCCGAUUAUUACCUUCACAAAAUCCGUCGGGAUGCGCUCACUCCCUUCUUCAGUAAGCGCAAUGUCCUCUCGCUCGAAGGCGUGAUCACCGAAAAGGUGAACCAGUUGUGCGAUUUGGUCGCCAGACAUGCGGCGACGGAAAUGCCCAUCAAUCUAUCGGACGCGUUCUAUGGAUUUUCCAAUGAUGUGGUCAACAACUUUUUAUUUGCCCACGAAACCGACGUGCUCGCGGAUGAACAGGAGGCGGCCAGACUCCGCCACAACAGUCACGAGCUGCUCAAGGGAAUCAACAUGAACAAGCACUUCCCAUGGAUCCCCGAUAUUCUCGAAGCACUACCUCCAUCUCUAACCAGGCCCGUGAUGCCUCCGGGGUUAAUGGACAUGCUCGAGCUCUUUGAUAGAGUCCGCACAGAAUUGACCACAAUCAUGACGGCAAAAGCAUCCAGCUCCCCGAGCGAGAAAAAACCUACUAAUCCAGGAGCCAAAGAAUCCGUCUACGAAUCCGUCCUUGACAACCCAAACCUCCCCGCAUCCGAAAGAUCCCUCCUACGCCUCGAACAAGAAGGCGCAUUACUGACCCUCGCAGGAACAGAGUCCCCCGCCCAAACCCUAAACAUUAUCUUCUACCAUCUCCUCGCCAAACAAUCUCUGCUCGCCAAACUUCGCAAAGAACUAAACACCCUGCCGAGCCCCUCAACCUGGACACAACUCGAGCAGCUCCCGUACCUCUCCGCCAUCAUCGAAGAAGGUAACCGACUCUCCUUCGGCGUGACCGCUCGCGCAGCCCGUAUCCAGCACCAGCCCAUCACCUAUACCCCAUCCACGUAUGUGACCACCCCAGGCCCCACGCCCAGAUCUUAUAUCCUCCCUCCUGGCACCCCAGUUACUAUUACGACGUUGAGCGCACAUACGGCCGAAUCGGUCUUCCCAGACCCGUAUGUGUUCAAUCCCGAGCGCUGGUUGGGCGACGAAGGUCGCGAGCGGAGGAAGUUUCAGUUGGCAUUCUCAAGGGGCGGAAGAAAGUGUUUGGGGCUUGAGCUUGCAAAGGCCGAGCUCUAUCUUGUGACUGCUGCGCUGGUGCGGAUGUUUGAUUUGGAGUUGUGGGAGACGGAUGAGAGAGAUAUUUCUUUUGAGCAUGAUUAUCAUGUUGCGAUGCCGAGGGAUGGGUCAAGAGGGGUGAGGGUUGUGGCUAAGGUACGUUGA